CAGAACAAAGAAAGUUGUGUGCUGUUUAAGAAAUACUUUGUGAAUCAGAAACAAAUCCAAAAUAAUUCGAUUUAUAUUGAUGAAACAAUUGAAUUCAAUUCAAUAAUAUUUAUUGCGUGUAAUCAUUCAUUAUAAUUGCUAUGAAUUACAAACUCUGUGCUUGAAUAUUAUUCAUUUAUUUCAACAUUAUGGCUACAUCGCAAGCAACACGAAAUGCAAUCACAUUAAAAGGCUCGGCGGCUAUUAUCUCUGAAUAUCUCAAUUAUGGCAUAAAUUCAAUAUUAUUCCAACGAGGUAUUUAUCCAGCUGAAACAUUCGAAAAUCAUCAGCAAUACGGUUUGACAAUUCUCAUGUCAACCGAAGCUAAAAUCAAAGACUUUUUGAAAAAUGUUCUUUCACAAACUGAAGAAUGGUUGUCGAAAAAUGAAUUAGAAAAGGUUUGUUUGGUGAUAACGAAUGCCCAUUCCAGAGAGGUGCUCGAGUGUUGGGAGUUUUUGGUGCAAAAUGAUGGUGCCCAAGAAAAUUCGGAUCCAAAUAAUCCAACGGCAAAGAAAGAGCUAAAACGUAUUCAACAAGAAAUCGGUUCGGUAAUGCGUCAAAUAUCAGCAACCGUCAGCUAUUUACCACUAUUGGAUUGCAUCUGUUCAUUUGAUGUUCUCAUUCAUACGAUCAAAGAUUGUGAAUUACCCGAAAAAUGGAAUGAAACCAAUGAAGUUAGCAUUCAAAAUUCACAAACAGUUAAAUUGCGUUCAUUUUCAACUGGACUUCAUCAAGUUGAUACGAUUGUUAACUACAAAUUGUCCACAUAAAAAUCGCACCGUUCACAUGCAUGCAUGCAUCUUUUACGAAUACAGUCAUCUUCAUCGGUUUCGUAUUUAAAACAUAUAAUACUGUCAUAAUCAAUAAAAAAAUCUUUGUUAUGUUCAUAUUUUGUCAAUUGCAUAUAUAUAUAUAAGAAAUAACAAU